GCCCUUUCCGCCUCCCGCGCCGCCGCCGCUUCCGUGCGGGUGAUGGGGAGACUGCGGGGGCCGCGGCCGCCGCCGCCGGAGGGAGGGAGGGCGCCCAGGAGCCGCCAUCGUCCCGGGGCCGGGCGCUGCGGCACUGCCACUUAGCGCUGGUCAAUUUUAUUGGUGGAUAGAGAAGGAUGAUGGCAGGCAAUAACCAGCUUUGCAUUCGACGUUGGACGACCAAGAACGUGGCCAAGUGGCUGAAGGAAGAAGGCUUCUGUGAAUAUGUGGAUAUUUUGUGCAAUAGACACAGGCUAGAUGGAAUUACAUUGCUGACACUUACAGAAUACGAUUUACGAUCCCCUCCAUUGGAAAUCAAAGUCCUGGGGGAUAUCAAAAGGCUAAUGUUGUCCAUACGCAAGCUACAGAAACAACAUAUCGAUGUCCUAGAAGAGCUGGGUUACAACAGCGAUAGUCACAUUGGCACAGCGUGCACUACUGUUGGUUCGCUGCAGGGUGCAGAUUGGUUUUGUAAUGGUGAAGUACCUCGGGACUAUGAUGGGCCAAUUACUGACUUGAAUGGUGAUCAAUAUCAAUAUGCAAAUGGCAAAAACAAACACUCCACGAGGAGACUGGACCCAGAGUACUGGAAAACAGUUUUGAGUUGUGUAUAUGUCUUCAUAGUGUUCGGCUUUACAUCAUUUGUUAUGGUUAUAGUACACGAACGAGUACCUGACAUGCAAACGUAUCCACCUCUACCAGACAUAUUUCUAGAUAGUGUCCCAAGGAUACCAUGGGCUUUUGCUAUGACUGAAGUAUGUGGUGUAAUUCUUUGCUACAUUUGGCUAUUGGUUCUUCUGCUUCACAAACACAGAUCUAUACUUCUGCGAAGGCUGUGCAGCCUCAUGGGGACAGUAUUCUUACUGCGUUGCGUUACAAUGUUUGUUACCUCACUUUCUGUGCCAGGCCAGCACUUGCAGUGUACUGGAAAGUUGUACGGCAAUGUUUGGGCAAAACUCCAACGGGCAUUUGCAAUAUGGAGUGGCUUUGGAAUGACUCUGACUGGAGUACAUACGUGUGGCGAUUAUAUGUUCAGUGGCCACACUGUUGUCCUGACCAUGCUCAACUUCUUUGUCACAGAAUAUACGCCAAGGAGCUGGAACUUCUUGCACACCUUAUCCUGGGUCCUGAACCUCUUUGGAAUCUUCUUCAUUUUGGCUGCACAUGAACAUUACUCUAUUGAUGUCUUCAUUGCCUUUUACAUCACUACAAGACUCUUUUUAUAUUACCACACAUUGGCUAAUACUAGAGCAUAUCAGCAGAGUAGAAGAGCAAGGAUCUGGUUUCCAAUGUUUUCUUUUUUUGAAUGCAAUGUUAAUGGUACUGUUCCCAAUGAGUACUGCUGGCCAUUCUCAAAACCUACGAUAAUGAAAAGACUGAUUGGCUGAAGAGUGUGAAUGUCAGUUCAGAUUUUUAUGCACUGUUAUGACUAAGACCCUACAAGGCUAGCUGGAGGGGACAUGAAGUAACAGUUUUCACUCCAUGGCCACUGCCUCCUUGUCUUGCUUCUUAGAUUCUUAGCCAUAGAAUGGGGUUGCCACACUCUGCAGGGAUGUGUUUUGUUCCUGUUUUAAUGGAAGACAACAUGGGGACUGGUAGAGGCAAUCAGUGAAUCAUAACUACAAACCAGAAUAGUAACGUUCUGUGUGAAUGUUUAAGUAACUUCAAGUCACUUCAAAUGUGUGCUUGUACUGAAUAUAAUAUACCCUUUGCAGGUUCAGUUAAUCACCUUUACCUGACAUGCCAGCCUUUAUGUACACUGACUAAAAAAUUAGAACCUUACAAUGACUUCCUUUUAAAACAUUCAUAAAUUUAAUUCUUGAAACAAACUCUGCGUAUACUUAAAGAUUGAGGAGUAGUGUCAUAAUGAGGAAA